GGGCGUACGCCCUCUCCGCGCACGGAAUAACGGAUCGACGUAGGGUGCGGGGUCACGUAACGUCAUUGCUGCAGGAGAGGGAAAAGGGGCGGGGUCGGGGCGACCCUUAUUUCCCCUCGGGUCACGCGCGGCCGGAAGUGCCGGCUGCUGCGGAGAAUCCGAGAUGGGGACCUCCCUGGACAUCAAGAUUAAAAGAGCAAAUAAAGUUUAUCAUGCUGGGGAGGUGCUCUCCGGUGUGGUGGUCAUAUCUAGUAAGGACUCAGUUCAACACCAGGGAGUGUCUUUGACAAUGGAGGGGACUGUCAACCUUCAACUGAGUGCCAAAAGUGUGGGUGUGUUUGAAGCUUUCUAUAAUUCUGUUAAGCCUAUCCAGAUUAUCCACAGCACCAUAGAAAUGGUGAAGCCGGGAAAGUUUCCCAGUGGCAAAACAGAAAUUCCUUUUGAAUUCCCUCUGCAUGUGAAGGGUAACAAAGUCCUGUAUGAGACUUACCAUGGUGUGUUUGUCAACAUUCAGUACACUCUGCGCUGUGACAUGAGACGAUCUCUGCUGGCCAAGGACCUAACGAAGACCUGCGAAUUUAUUGUUCACUCUGCGCCUCAUAAGGGGAAGCUGACUCCGAGUCCCGUGGACUUCACAAUCACACCUGAGACCUUGCAGAAUGUCAAAGAGAGAGCUUUGCUCCCCAAAUUUCUCAUCAGAGGACACCUCAACUCAACUAACUGCAUCAUCACACAGCCGCUCACAGGAGAGCUAGUGGUAGAGAGCUCGGAGGCCGCCAUCCGGAGCAUAGAGCUGCAGCUGGUCCGUGUGGAGACCUGCGGGUGUGCAGAAGGCUAUGCCCGUGAUGCCACAGAGAUUCAGAACAUUCAGAUCGCCGACGGAGAUGUCUGCAGGAGCCUCUCUGUCCCCAUAUACAUGGUCUUUCCCAGGCUGUUCACCUGCCCUACGCUGGAGACCACCAACUUCAAAGUCGAGUUUGAGGUCAACAUUGUCGUGCUGCUUCAUGCUGAUCACCUCAUCACCGAGAACUUCCCACUGAAGCUCUGCAGGGUAUAGCCCAGGAGGGGAGCGUGAGAAGUAGGAGUGGCCACAUGGAAAUCCAGCCGGUUACUGACUGGGAGCCCAAAUGGGCAGUGUUUGUAUUUGUAAUCAUUCUGUAUCAGAAAUGAGCCUGACUCCUCAAAUUACAGUUCCUCCUCGUUCCUCCUGGCUUAGGCUUCUAGCAGGCAACACUUCUCAGACCUUUUCUUUGAAAUUCAGCGGGGCUUCUUAAUGCCUAUUGCAAGAUCAUUUCACAGAAAACAUUUCCUUUGGUUCUUGACUUUCCUGUUCCUUGUUGGGUACAGUAAAACAGCCACAAUAGCAUGUCGAACUUUGCUGAAAGUGAGAUCGUGGGGACAAAAGGAAACCCCUCUGGCUUAUUAGAGGGUGUGGCUGGCGAGGCCCAACUGCCCAGCGUCCAUGGCCAGGCACUGCCCAGCGUCCAUGGCCAGGCACUGCCCAGGAGGGCUCCAAGUGUCCUGGCUGCUUAUGGUUUAUAGAUGCUCUCCGAGGAGGACAGAGCGACAUGAACGAGGAAUGGGUAGCUUUUUUCCCACUUUAUCUGUAGUUUUUAUAACAUUUUCACUAUAACUUCAAAAUUUUUAGAUACCGAAAAAAGCAUCUCAGGUUCUCAUAGGAGUAAGAAAGAGGAUUUGAUAACAGUGGCUAGUGCUGGAGUUUCUGAAGUCUCAAGAACUGGCCUGAAAUCCCAUGCUGCCAUAUUCCCAGAAUAUACGUAAAUGCAAGGCUAGGUAAGGGAGAAGUGUGUGUUUGCUCCUGUUGUUGUGGGGCA